AUGGACACAAUGUCAAUGGCAAUUCCAAUGUUUGGUAUGGCUGAUCAUCAAGUCGCUACAUACGAAACGGACGAUUCUGAUUUCAAUCUGAGGGAGCAGCGAUCUGAACGAUGGCGAGAUACCUGGGAUGAUCGCGUUUGCCGUAAUUCUCUGUUGGCCGUGCAUCAGCAUCUCUAUCGCGAUCAGCUGAAGAUGUCGAAAGAAUCGAAGCAGUUUCAGGAGUUUUUCGUAAAGGAAGACAUACAUCUGAUUCGACAGAAUUUUCAGGUUCUUGUUAAUUACUGCGCUGAUGACAACCUAGCGUGUUGCCAGAUUUUCAAGAAACUCUGGCUGGAAUACCAGAAUAGGUUUCCUCAUCCAGUGACAUUGUACGGCAUGCUGAAUAUGGGAAACGCUUACCUCCCAAUCAACGAGAACUGGGAACUAUUCUACCAGAAGAAUGAGAAAUCUUGUGAGGAGACCAAGGAAGCGGGAGCUCGAGCGUUGGUAACUGCUGCGAAACGUGUAAUGGAUGAGCUGAAGCCUGACAUGAAUGCCGAAGCCCAAGUGGACGCUUGGCUUUUUGAUGUUGAUUGGUCAUUCAAGGCUGACCACGAGUAUCCCGAAUGGUACUUCAAGUUGUUCUCAAAACGAGGAAAUGUCUAUCUCGACAAGGAAUCAUUGACCAGCGAAGAUGUGGUUAUGAAGAGCGCCUAUGUUCCGCUUAUAUUUGGGAUGACAUAUGGUCCGUAUCCUCUUCAUAGAUCACGAUAUCUCGGCUGGGGUUACUUGGUUCCGAAUGAAAAAGCUGCCAGAUCGCGAGAGCAAGAAGCGUCAUCAGGUCCGAAAACUUUUGUGUUAGUUCCUUCAUUCACUUUAUUGAGAUCAUACCCCGCCAUAGGACGUGGGCACCGUGGAGAA